UAGCAUACCCUGUAGAUAAUUGUCUUUCAUAAGAAAUAGCUUAAUUCGUAAGACUAAGGUCGUCCUGAAAAAUUCCGGUUAUGGCGCGAAACCAAGACAAUUCUCGUUUCUGGAAGGUCAUUCAGUUUAACUUGAAGGCCAUUUUCUUUCCGCGGCGUAUAUAAAAUCCAAGGAACCCUAUUCCAAGCUGAGAAAACUACAUUUCUACAAAACAAUGAAUUCCGAGUCAUCCGAGUCAUCUCAAAGUUCAGGGGAAUCCAGUAGAACGUACACGUGCGAGUUUUGCGAAAAAACUUUCAGUCGGCGGUUACGGUACAAUAUGCACGUUCGGACCCAUUCUGGAGAUAAGCCACACAAAUGCACCAAUUCUGAGAAGGCCCAGAAAACCUUGCUACUGGAUCACCGUAAAACCCACACAGGAGAAAAAUCGUACAAGUGCGUCACGUGCAGGAAAACAUUUGCCCAUGAAAAAAAUAUGCUGGAGCAUCAACGAGACCACAUGGAUCCUUACAAGUGCUACAUAUGCAGCAAAGUAUACUCUACGUAUUUUGAGCUCAAAGCGCACUUCCGCGAGCACGCCUAAAUCUGGCCGUGGUAUGGAGAAGAAAUGCGAUAAAAUCUACUCAUGCCAAGGCUAAUGACUUAUUUUUACUUGUGAAUUUAUGUACGUAAUUACGUGUAUUAAACCAAAAUGUGGAAUUUGUCUAUGUAGAAUUUUUCAAGAAAUUAUGGAUGUUUUUCAAACUAAUUUUUGCGUUCUAAAAUAUAUCAAAUUACUAAGUUCUUCUUGAAUCGCUACAGACACUCCAUUCGCAUGCAGCUGAACAAGAAACUACGCCCCUGCCAGUCUCAAAGUACCCCAUCAUCAUAACUUAAGGAAUUUGAGAUUGACAGUGCCGUAAUUUCUCAGAAAUCUCAAUUUCUAUAAAAGGUCAACUGUAGGGUUGGUCUAUUUUAUCCGAAAAUAUCCGAUCCGUCGGAUCGGAUCGGAUAAUCAUCGGAUCGGAUCGCAAAUAAAAAUAUCCGAGCACUCUCGGAUCGGACAAGACCUUUUAUCCGAUCGGAUCAAUCCGACGGAUAAUUCGGAUAUCGGAUAAUCCUCAUUUACUAAAAUUCCGCAGUUUGGCAGUAUUAUGCGAGAAUAUUCUCAACUGAAACACGUAUAUUUAAAUGGCUGACAUAAUUUACAACGGUUUAGCAUAAUUAAUUUUUGUUUCAGCCAUUUUGUCCGCGCAUUUAUUUCAUUUUGGUUAAGUAAUUAAUGAUGUGAGUGAAUGUAAAAUAACAAUUGGGAAUAUAUUAAAAGAAUUUUGUCAUAUAUAUUUCACGUUUCAAGUUGAAAUCAAUGCAUUAGCCGUGUAUGUAAGUGUAUCUCUUUGAGAUCAAGAAGGGAACCAAUGGGGCAAUGUAAGGUCAGGUCGGGUAAUUGAUUACUAGU